UCAAGAUGGCGGACGAUUCACAGACGAGUCAGAACUCUUCGCGGUUUAGUCAGUCAGAUCUCCCUGAAUUGCUGAAUCAAUACUAUAAGAGAUUAUUUCCUUACAAGUAUUUCUUUCAGUGGUUGUCGUAUGGAGGAGUACCCAAGAAUUAUUUUCUCCACCGAGAAUUCUCUUUCACGUUGAAAGAUGACGUUUACUUGCGGUAUCAAUCAUUUGCCGAUCAGCAAGAACUGGAAAAGGAAAUCAUCAAACGAAAUCCAUACAAGAUUGACAUCGGAGCCGUCUUCUCACAUAAGCCAAAGGACCACAAAAUGAUCAAACCUGGAGCUUUUCAGGCUGAAGAGAAGGAGUUAGUAUUUGACAUUGACAUGACAGAUUAUGAUGAAGUUAGGACAUGUUGCAAAGGUGCAGACAUUUGCAAGAAAUGUUGGAAGUUUAUGGUUGUUGCAAUGAAGAUAGUUGAUAGAGCUCUUGAAGAGGAUUUUGGCUUCCAACAUAGACUGUGGGUGUACAGUGGUCGUCGUGGUGUUCACUGUUGGGUGUGUGAUGAAUCUGCACGGAAACUUUCACAGAAUGCGCGUUCUGCUGUUGCAGAGUAUCUCAGUGUCAUCAAGGGUGGUGAAAAUCAACUGAAGAAAGUUAAUCUCCAUUCACCUUACCAUCCAUACAUCAGCAAAUCUUUAGAAAUUCUUGAGGCCCACUUUGUUGACCUUGUAAUUGAAAACCAAGAGGUGUUGUCCUGCAAAGAACAAUGGGAAGGAAUGCUUGCUCUUGUACCUGAUUCUAUUCGAAAUGAACUGAACACAUCAUGGUCAACAACCACAGAGACUUCAAGGGAAAGAUGGGAUGAACUUGAAAUGAAAUUUGACAGUUGUAACGAGAGAAAAGAAGUAAAAGAUGAGAUAAUCUUCCAGUACUGUUUCCCUCGCCUUGAUGUCAAUGUCACCAAAGGACUUAAUCAUUUACUGAAGAGUCCAUUCUGUGUUCAUCCUAAGACAGGUCGUGUCUGUGUACCAAUCAGCAUGGAAGAGGUUGACACCUUUGAUCCAUUUACUGUACCAACAAUAAGUCAACUUUGCGAAGAAAUUGAUCAACAUGAUAAAAAUACACCAGACAUGAUUGAAGAUGAAAAGAAAAAGAUCCCAGCUUUCAAGAAAACCUCCCUGGUAAAGCCUAUUGGUAUUUUCGUGGAAUUUUUGAAGAGCCUUGAAAGUGAAAAUGACAACAGACGGAAAACUUUCAGAAAUGAACAGGAAAAGAAAGGAGAAUGGUGAGAAAGAGGAAAAACAAGAAAGAACAGUUCUACUAAAGCUUUGACCACCACACAAUUAUAAUGACAUUCCAAUAAUUGAUUAUUACAGCAAUGAUCAAUGUAUUCAGGGUCAUCUUGCUACGCAGUGCUGUUUGCCCAUUGUGGAACCUCUUCUCUGUAAAUAAAGAAAGUUCUGAUGUA